UGAGAAGAAAAGCAACGCUCCGUCCGUUCCUGCGGCGUGUCUCGUUGCCUUGGCCGGGAGUGAUGUUGCACGUGGAGAUGUUGACGGCGGUCUUUCUGCUGCUCUGGAUGUGCGUCUUCUGCCAGGAUCCCAGCUCCAAAACGGUGGCCGAUCGCUACGCCGUCUAUUGGAACAGCACCAACCCCAGAUUCCAGAGGGGUGACUACCAUAUUGAUGUCUGCAUCAAUGAUUAUUUGGAUGUAUUCUGUCCUCAUUAUGAGGAUUCAGUGCCAGAAGAUAAGACUGAACGCUACAUACUUUACAUGGUGAACUUUGAUGGCUACAGUUCCUGUGAUCAUACCUCCAAAGGAUUCAAGAGGUGGGAGUGCAACCGGCCUCAUUCUCCAAAUGGACCAUUGAAGUUCUCAGAAAAAUUCCAGCUCUUCACUCCCUUCUCAUUAGGAUUUGAGUUCAGGCCAGGCCGGGAAUAUUUCUACAUCUCAUCUGCCAUCCCUGACAAUAAUGGGAGGAGGUCCUGUCUAAAGCUGAAAGUCUUUGUACGGCCUGCAAACAACUGUAUGAAAACUAUAGGUGUUCAUGAUCGUGUUUUCGAUGUUAACGACAAAGUAGAAAAUUCAUUAGAACCAGCAGAUGAUACUGUACAUGAAUCAGCUGAGCCAUCCCGUGGUGAGAACGCAGCACAGACACCAAGGAUAUCUUGUCGGCUUUUGUCAACUCUACUGUUCCUCCUGGCAAUGCUUUUGACGUUAUAGCACAUAUUCUAGCAACCUAUCACAAACAACAUCAGGGUCUUGGAACAUCAAAGAUCCACUUAACUGCUCAUCCCAAGAACGGGACUAUGUAUUGAUUUUGCAGAUGUUGGUUUGUUUUCUUCCCCCAGGUCUCCUUCCCUUCUUCCUCUGCCACCUGAACUAUGAACAACCAUUGAAGAGGUGUAACUAGUCCUCUUCCUGUUCCCAAUCUUCCUCUGGCUUUCCUUGACCCCUUCUAAAAUAAAAGGACUCCAGAUGAAAAUGCCAAAUUUCACUAUUGACACUAGUGAUUCUUACUUUCCUCUGCAGCCUCUUAUGAAAUCGCCUCUGUUAGCUUGUUGGGCCAUCUGUCUGUGGAGAAGGAAGAGUAAUAGCAAUUGCAGUCAGAGAAUAAGGAAGUUGUUUGGAAUAGCAAGAAGAGUCUUUACUGUAUCCAGUACACUGUUUAUUCUUCCUGGUUCAGCACUGUAAGAUGAUUGCGCAAAGCACUGUGCCACCAUGUCAGGACUGGAGGGGAAAUGUUAAGAGCAGAUACAACACCACUUUCUGCAGGAAUUUCUCAGCGAGCAGGCCUCUCAGAGGGAAGAGAGUUUUGUAUGCAACUGUGUUGAAAGAUCCUUGACAAUGCAACUUUUGCUCCACAAUAGAAACUCAGUCCUUGGGGAGAGAGGAAAAAAGUAACUACUGGGGAAUGCUAGACCACAAGCAAGGUCAAAUUUAGGAAGCUAUGCUGGGUUGUGAGUGCCUCUAUUAUCUCUCUAAGUGGAUAGUGCACACCAGAUUAUUUUUCUUUUGAAACACAUCACCAUGGUGCUACAAUGUUUUUCCCCCUCUCCUCAAAUGCAAAGAGGCAUUUUCUAUAACUUUUUUUUUCAUUUUGUGUGUGAAUAAUGUGACCUUUCCCAAGGCUGACUUACUAGCCAAUAGCCUUGGAUACCACUCUGGGUGAUGAUAUAUGUGAAGGUGAUAACAACACUUUCUGGGAUAAACCUGGUCAGAGAUAGAGACUACUCAGUGUACUUAUGAUGUGCCUGCCUUGAAAGUUUAGCAGCCACUGGAAUAAAAAAAAAAAGACUGCCAGAAAAGACAUCUCAUCAUAAAGGGUGGGAAUGGGUGUGUGUUGAUGAAAAGGAUAGGAAAAAUAUGUUGAACUUUGGAGAGAAAAUUCAGGCACUGGUUUAUAUUUUACCUCCUUUCCAACAUAGUUGAAAAGGAGAGGAAAUGUCUUUAUCCAGAGGAGUAAACAAGAUGAACUCCCGAAGACCUUUAACUAUUCUUUUUCCAAAAAAAAACUCCAGUAGAAUAGAAAGCAUCCUAUUUAGAUAUACCUUAAGCUAAAAGUAAAUAAAUGUGCUUGUCUUAAUUAAAGGAAAAAUGGUAUAAUUAAGAUAACGGGGUGGUUGUCACAUCCAGCUGAAAUUGGAGUGAAUACAGGUGUUAGGACCUCAUAAAUCUUUUUCCAGGAAAUGCCUUCUUUGUGGGUUUCCGUUGGCUUACCUAGUCUGAAAAUGAACCUGCAAGAGAUAGAAAGUGACUAGAAGAACUGCUUUGGGAAGUUAUCUCUCCUUCCUCCCCCCCCAAAAAAAACAUUUCUGAUAGCAAAGCCUUACAAGAAUGAGGAUAGAUCCCACUGUAGUUUCAUGAAAUAAUAAGCAUAUAAUUUAAUAAUCAUGAUGCAACAGACUGCAUUUUUAUGGUUGCCUUUUUGUUUUGUGAGAAGAAAGUGUUUCUUUUAACUGAAGAAUUUUAAGAUUCCUCAUAAAUAGAAUGGGAAGGAGUAAAUUUAAGACGCUCUGGGUUUGCCUGAUACCAUACCACAUGGGCUGGAUUUGAAAGCUCAGAGAUGCACACGGGAAAGUGUCACAAUCUAGAAUGAAGGAUGACACUGCUUUACUCACAACACAAUUUGUCUUUCUCUGGUAUAUACUUGGUGCCUAUGUAGCUUAAUAAUUACCUUGAAGACAGUGGACAAAGCAAAGAUGAUGUUGCAUACCAGAUAACAUCCCCAAGAAGGCUCCACAACCAGCUGUAAACAUGAGUAAUACUGAUUGAGUAUUCUAACAAUGACUGUAGCUGUUUUACAUAAUUCAUCUCUAUAAAUAAUGGAAGACUGGAUUCACUUUUGUCUCAAGAGCACGUUUCUUAAGAACAUAGUUUUUACCACCAUGAAUUCAAGCCCUUGCUUUGCCACAGUGCCACUGCUAAUCCAAUGAAUAAAAAGGACGGUGUUGUGCAGCCAACUGGCUUAUGGGCAGUGAGUUUACAGGACCUCCACUUUGAAAGCUUGAUGGCAUCAGGCAAUCUCAGUCAUAUCAAGCAAGCAAUGUCUGACAGUUCUUGAAAAUAUCUCUCUCUCUCUCUCUCUCUCUCUCUCUCUCUCUAGUAUGUGUGUAUGUGUGUUACUGACAUCUUUAAAAAGAUGUCACUGUGCAAGUUUACAACAGCCCUUGUCCCCCAGCGUGAAAUCUGAAAUGCAAAAUGCUGCCACCAUGGCCCCUCAUUCCAGGCAGUUCUGCCCUGUGUCAUCUACUCCUGGUUUGCCAAGGGCUUUGCGAAGGGGAGCAGGGAAAUAAGGAUUGAUCUGUUUGGUGGAUACUGUGUAUCCUUUAAUAAACAACAAGAUAACAUUUCGUGUUAGUUUAGAAAUAUUGUUUUGUACUGUACUUUCUUGGAUGGCAAAGGAAAGACGAGUUAAAACAAGAAAAAAUGCUAUGUUCUUUAAAUUCUGUAUUAUUAGCAGCCUCUGUUGUAUAUAGUGUUUGAUAAUAAAGUAUUAAUUUGAUUCUUAUGUCUUUUGUAAGUGACAAAAAUAAUAGACUUUCAUGAUAUUAAAAAUUAAAUUUUGAAAAAAAAAAACACAUACCCAGUACUUAUAUGACAGAUGCAUCCAUCAUGGCUAUCAAGAACUGAACGACAAGUAGCCACAACAGGUCAACCACCAUACAAGAUUCACCCAUGAAAACCAUUCAUCCAGGCUCAAGAUUUCACAGUGUCAGGACUUGGAGCAGCGUGGCAUUUGAUGAUCGAUGUUUUGUCCUCAGUGUUAAUGGUCUGAUGUUGGAGCCUUGUGCUGUUUAGGGUUAACCUUUCCUUUUGGGGUUGGGUUUUCAUUAGCAUGUUGAUUCUCAAUGGCUUUGGAAUUUAAUUCUUGUUUCCUGUAAGGAUGCUUUUCCAGUUCUUUUUUUUCCUUUUCUUUUUAGUUUCUUGUCAUAGAUGGUUUGUUUCAAAAGGGGCCUUGCCAGCAUCAUAUAUGAUGUGUACAGUGACUUCAUUUGCCCAAACCAAUUAGGGAGGGGGUCUUAUGUAAAUAAUUUCUUUCCCAUAUAACCACUAUUGAGGGAAAGAAAUAGUAGCUAUUGAGGGAAUGUGCUUGGGGUGUUUUUUUGUUUCAUUUUUCUUUGUUUUAUUAAACUGAUAUUUAGCCAUUGCUUUAUGAAAGCAGUAGGAAUGUCAGUUUUGGAAGUCCUGAAAGGUAUGGAUCUCAGUCAUACUGCAGUCAAAUUACGUGUAUUUGCCAGUUUAGCUUUAUAAGUGCUCUGCAUCAGAAGCGUUCUUUCCCUUCACUGCUUCCCAACCCUAGCAAGUUAUCCUUUCUCUCUCCACCCCUGUUUUUAAAUUUAGAACAGUGAAUGGAAAGAUCUGUUUCUGAUUUGGCAUUACUCUGUUUUUCCCAUGCAUUCACCCCUGGGUUUUUAGGAUGUGAGACAAAUCUCCCUACAAUAGGCUUGCUGCCAUUGUCUGUACAGUUUAAUCGAUGCUGGCAUGUUGGAGGUUACCCAUGAGUCUACAAAAUCCGCUUUCCAUACUUACUCUUGACACCCUAUUGAAACCACUCAUUGUGUGCCCUUCUGGGUAUGAAAGUCCAGCUCAGUGUGGUCCUGUGCUUGUACUGCCCUGCUUUGCAGUUUCUUUGCACUUAUUCAUUGAGUGCUGUUUUUGAAAUGCUUACAUUAUAUGAACUUAACAGAAAUUGUAAAAAUGAAACAAACAAAC